CGAGGGAGAUGAGAAGAUGCUUGAGGAAGAGCAACAAGAAGGGGCCCAGCCAGGAGAUGCCGCUGAAACAAAAGUAGACGGAGAGGCUGGUGGAGACAAGAAGGUUUCGACUUCGGGAAAUAGGGAAUCUAGGAGGGAGACCUGGAGGGCAGCAAAGGGCUGGAAGCCCAGGAAAGGCAGCAAGAAUGGAGGAAAGCCGAAGAGGAGGAGGUAGAGGAGGCCAACAUUCCACUGAGAUACACAGAGUGAGGUUCAAUCAUGCUCUAACAUAGUCUCUCAAAUUCGCGACACUACACUGGCGGCCUCGUCAUCAUCCCGGCGAUCAAAAACGCUCCUGGAACAGCUCACCAGCUCGGCACGCUCCGCACUUUGACGCUGCCCCGCGCCAUCAACAUACGAGUCUGCAUUACAUACCUACAUCUUUUCCCCUCUGUUUGUACUUGUAUCGAUUGUCAUCCGUUUUCAUGAGCUCUCUCAAUCAUCAUGACUAGUCAACUCGCCAA